UUCCUCUUGCACCUGGAUUGGAUGGAUUGGAGACGACGAAGCCAUGGAACCGAAGAGGCAGAACGCAGAGCUAGAGCGACUGCGGCUGGCUUGUAACGUCGAAUCCACGGAAACCAUUACCAAAGCCCAAGAGAUUCUACGGCGAAUGAACACCAAGUGCAGGCCCGGGACCCUGGGGCGCGGCGACCUCUUUCGGACUUGCAUCGCCUUCGACUUGGCCUGUCGCGCGCUCAACUGCCCCGUUCCGCACAAGACCGCGGUGAAGCUCUGCGGCGCGCCUUCGGAAGGUGUCUACGUUGCCGCACUCGGCACGGCACAGAGGCUGCUAGGGGUGCAGCGGCGUUACACGUGCAGGGAGAUAGCCGAAAGCGUGGGAGACAAGAGCGCGGGCAUGAAGGCCGCCGAAGAACUCAAGCGAUACAAGGAACGGUUCCUAGCGUCGUACCCCGUGAGACAGGUCUCAAGCAUCGACCUCGACGGUACGGUGUACGCAGUCGCCGCCUUCUACCUGUGCGCCAAGAAGCUCAAGCAUCCGGUCGACAAGCAGCGCCUCUUGGACCUGUCGCUAGUAAGAGAGGACGAGUUCAUGGCCGUCUGCCGCAGCAUGCUGGACCUGUGCUACAGCACCCUAGGCGUGUCGGUGAGCGACAAGCCGACCGCCGAACGUCUCUCACGGUUCCAGAAAGCGGCCGCCCUCAACAGCAAAAACAACGGCAGCUCAUCGGCACCAUCAGGCGUGAAGGACGAACAACGCCCCCCGGAGUCCGCUGCCCAAGGCCCCGCUCGUUCUGCCAACGCCGCCUCCACGGGCCCUCAGCGCCGAAACGGCGGCGGUUUCGCCGCCUCCGGGGCCCGGCGGCGGAUCCCUCUGUCAGGGGAGAGGGACCGAUUAGGGGCAACGGGAAGCCACGUGACGGCGCUGGCGAGGAGCAUCCAGGCGGCGACGCAGCGGAAGCGGCGCGGGGGCAUGACGGUCGCCCUGUUGGAACCGGGCGGAAACAACGAGACGAACGACUCCCUCAACGACAGGACCCACCACCGCCCCGCCACCAAGCGUCCGCGCUGCCCCGCCGAAGCCGCCGAAGCCGCCGCCGCCGCCGCCGCCGCCCCCCCUGCCGAGACCGCCGGCGGCGGACCCGAGCAACACGACAGCGCCGCCUGUUCUUCUGCCACCGUCCCCGCCAGGUGCACCGACGCCGCCCCGCCGAGACCCGUUGUCAGCACCGCAUCUCAAGCUGGCGCCGUCUCGGCCACAGCGAGCGGUGGCGGUAGUGUUGCUGACAACGGACCUGCCCCGGCCGUUGGAUCGGCGUUGCGAGCGCCUCCCGCCACCGUCCACAACCCUUACGCCCCGAAGCCUUGCGCUGCGGUCUGCAAUCCGUACGCAGGGGGUUCAGGGAAAGGAAGCGGGGGAAGAGGAAGGGCAGGGGGGGACGGCAGCCGGCGAGAAGGGAGUGUGGGCGGGACUGGACCCGGGGAGGGGGGCGAAGGGCCGCGGGGGGAUGAGGAGUACACAGCGUGGAAGCAGAGGGUGUUGGCUUCCAUGGAGAACCGGAUGAAGGAGACUCGGGUCAAAACAGACGCCGAUUCUUCUUCUCCAGCUGCUGCGACUGCUGUACCGGCUUUCGGCGGCGGCGGCGGCGGCGGCGCCCCGGAUGGUGGUAGCGAGUCUUCACAGCGGGACAAUGCUCCCGUUGCUGCUGCGAUUGUUCCUGAAGAUCCGUCGGCCCCAGAGGCCGCCAGUCCCGCGGCCGCGGUUCCUGCCGCCCCAAGGAACAAUUCGCCGGAAGCACGAGCUGCGGCUACUCCACGGUCUUCGACGAAGAACAAGAGCAAGCAGCCCUCCCUGACGUCGUUCUUUGCACCCGGAGGAGGAGGACACGACAAGGACGAGAGCUGAAGAAUUGGGAAUGAUAAAACUUCUUGCCCAUGGCAAACCCUCCCUUUGUUUGAAGUGCGU